GAAAUUUUUUAACUGCUCAUCAUUCUUAGUCCGGAUGGCAUCAAUGUUUAGUUUUACUGUUUAGAUUUGUUCUGUUUGCUUUUGUUACUCUAUAAUUUGUUUUCAUCUAAAAGUUCCAGUAUGUAUGAAAAUGGUUUCUGGAAUUGAGUCAACAGGCUACAACUCUAUUUAUUGCUUAUAUGCUUCCAGUUGCUUCAACCAUCCGUUGAGGGUUUUUCUACUUGAGAAUAAAACAAAUUAACCUUCUUUGUUUUCUUAGAGCUUGCAUUCAUUAGGCUCACAAUAAACGGGGUUUGUUUAUUGAGUUUCUUUUGUUGCUGAUUCACGAAGGUUUCUAUUGAGGGUUAUAUGCCAGCUUGAUUGGAUAUAUAGCCCAUUGACCUGGAUUGCCUUUAGUUAAUUAUAUAUUGUUGCACAUUACUACUGCUCAUAAAUAGGAUUCUCGAUAACAUCCGCAGAUUUGGUAAUCAUAAUUAAGUCUUGAUUCGUGUAUCUUUUGUCAAUUGAAGAGCUUGUUGUAUGUUUCCAAUAGUGCUAUAAACUUUGCUACUUGAGGAUGUGCUUGGUUCCUCCAGUUGUUACUGACUUCCCUAAGUCAAUAAGGAAUAUGGGUUCCUGCUCUUUCUAGCAGGAGUAUGUUGUACUUUGAUCCAAGAGAGCUCUCAAAAGUCAGUGGGAAUGGGACAAAGCGAGAAGCAUUCAUUUAAUUUGGUGAACUUAGAAAAGACACUGUCAAGAAUUGUCCCGAAACAUUCUUUAUUUAUUUCAAGUUAUGGGAGUAGGCGUAUUAUUUUCUUUAAAUUUCUGCUCUUCCAACCACUGUGGAAAAGAUUUGCUCGAGAGGAUUGAAGAAAUUAUAACAGAGAUGGGAUAUAGUGUCUAGAAGAAAAAUGGAAGGCAAUUGGUUCUUUCCCAAAGCAGUAGCCAAAGAAGAGGAAAAUCAGACACUUUAAGGAAACUUUAGAAGCUGAGAUUAAGAUGCUCAGGAAGAAGCUGACCUUUAAAGCAACUCCAAUGCCUAACGCUGAUCCUCUUUCUAAUAUCUCUAGGUAGUUGUUCAAGUCUGUAGCACCUGUUGAGUUUAAGGGUCUGUAGAUUCUGCAGAUUGCUGAGAGAAGCAGGGAGUGCUGUCACACUAACAUUAGCAGAGAGGUCAAGGUACCUAAGAUGGGUCAACUUGCCUAAGCUCAUCAAUUCUUAGGUUAUGCAGAUCUAACACACGCAAGCACCUCAAGUUUGAAAUGAUUGUAUUGUGACGAUACUUGAUCCUAAAGUGGUAAUGCUGAUUUCAAUUUCACAUUGGUUAACUUUUUGUCAAAUCAAUUUUAUGGACCAUUUGAUUGUUCUUUUUCUUCAAGCAGUGAACAACAUUUCCCAAGAAUAGAACCAUUGUAUGCAUAUACCCUUAGCUCUGUGCCAUACAUUAGUUUUCUGCAUGCCUUUUGUUAGCAUUAUGGCCAGUCUCUUGAUCUUGACAAGUUACUGCUAUCAGAUUCCCUUUUAGCCUCAAAGGUAGCCACCCAGAAAAUUGUGGGUAUCCUGGGUUUCUUGUAUCCUGCAAUGAAAAGUGGGAAACCAUUCUUGAGCUGCCAAUCCCAGUUAAAUUCCCAAUCAAAACCAUAGACUACAAGAAUCAGAAAAUCCAGAUAUAUGACCCAGAAAAUUGCUUGUUGGUGAAGCUAUUGAAAGUCCACUACAUGUCAAUCUCUCCCUUCCAGUACUCAGAAAACUAAUUGACUGAUAUUACCUUAUUCAAUUGUUCUUCAGCUACUGAAACGGAAUCGACGUACAAUAUAGAUCCAGUCCCGUGCUUCAGUGGCCCUGCUACCUAAUUUAUUCAUCUUAUUCCGGGUAUUCCAUUGGGAACUUUCCCCUUGUGUCUUGUACAAAGAUGUAUAAUAGUUCAUCAGUUCCAUACAGGUGGCAUGAUCCUCAAAAUCUAUAUUUGAAAUGGGGGGAACCAUAGGACUACUAUGGGAAGCAUACGGCAACAAAUGUGGAUUGAAGAACAAUGGCACCAAAAGUACCGAAAUUGAAUGUCUUCAAUUCUUCAUUGGAAAGAGGUUCACAGAAAAAGUUAGUCGCAACAGGUGCAUCCCUGGGUUCAUUUGUUCUCGUACUACUUGUCGCUGCAGUUUAUCGUGUCUACAGUUCUGACAGGAAAGAAAAAGAGAAUCAAUUAAAGCUUGAAGUAUUUUUAGAGGAUUACAGAGCACUCAAACCAAGCAGAUAUUCUUAUGCAGAUAUUAAGAGGAUUACAAAUCAAUUCAAGGAAAAAUUAGGACAAGGAGCCUAUGGGACUGUUUUUAAGGGAAAACUUUCUGCUGAAUGUUUUGUUGCGGUGAAAGUCCUCAAUAAUACCAAGGGGAAUGGGGAAGAGUUUGUAAAUGAAGUAGGAACAAUGGGACAUAUCCACCAUGUCAAUGUGGUUCGAUUGUUUGGAUUCUGCGCGGAUAGAUUUAGACGAGCUCUUGUUUAUGACUUCUUACCUAAUGGUUCACUACAAGAUUUCUUAUCAUCAGCAGACAAUAAUAAUUCUUUCCUGGGUUGGGGUAAGUUGCAAGUUAUUUCUCUUGGAAUAGCAAAAGGAAUUGAAUAUCUGCACCAAGGAUGCAAUCAACGGAUCCUACAUUUUGAUAUCAAACCCCAUAAUGUUUUGCUAGACCAUAACUUCAACACAAAGAUUUCUGAUUUUGGUUUGGCCAAGUUAUGUUCCAAGGAUCAAAGUAUAGUGUCAAUGACUACUGCCAGGGGAACGAUGGGGUACAUUGCACCGGAAGUGUUCUCCAGGAACUUCGGAAAUGUGUCCUAUAAGUCAGAUGUCUAUAGCUAUGGAAUGGUACUGCUUGAGAUUGUAGGAAGGAGAAAGAACAUUGGUUCAACCACAGAGAACACCAAUGAAGUUUACUACCCAGAAUGGAUCUAUAAUCUUUUAGAAGAAAAAGAUGACCUACCUAUCAAUGUUGGGAAAGAAAGAGAUGCUAAAAUUUCAAAGAGACUUGCGAUUGUAGGUCUCUGGUGCAUUCAAUGGCACCCUGCAGAUCGUCCUUCUAUGCAAGGGGUGAUUCAGAUGUUGGAAGAAGGAGAAAACUUAACCAUGCCUCCAAAUCCUUUUGCCUCUCAGGGUCCAGCAGGUAUUUGUUACACCUUCAAGAAAUGUAAAUCUCCAACUAGAAGUAAUUCCCGAGUCAGAAUAGUAAUAUCUAUGUUUGGAGACUAUAUACAUACAUAUGUAUGUUAAGUAGUCAAUUGAGUUACCUGUGCAUGAGUCCCAUAGAAA